UCUGAAAUUCGAGCCCCACCUAACUUAACACAGCAGUCUAACACAAACACAUCAAGCAAACAGCAAGAUGCUAAGAACAGGAGUUGUGAAAUCCCUAAAAUUAGGCGACCAGAUAGCUCGUACGACUUCGAUCAUACCUGCAAGGUGGUCGACGGCUGCUUCGGCCAACGAGGAAUCGGCCAGGCUGACUUUGGAAGUUAGGAAGAAAAUUAAUGAGAAGAAGAGCAAAGCGCUACAGGGUGGUGGUCAGAAAAGAAUUGAAUCACAACAUAAAAGGGGAAAAUUGACGGCCAGAGAGCGCAUAGAAGUUCUCAGUGAUAGGAAUUCCUUUGUCGAAUAUGACCAGCUGGUCGAGCAUGGUUGCACUGAUUUCAAUAUGGAGAAACAAAAAUUCCCUUGUGAUAGUGUUGUUACUGGAAGAAUUAAGAUCUUCGGAAGACCCUGCUAUCUUUUCAGUCAGGAUUUUACUGUCUUUGGUGGCAGUUUGUCCUACGUUCAUGCUAAGAAGAUUUGUAAGGUAAUGGAACAAGCCAUGCUGGUUGGUGCGCCAGUUAUUGGCCUGAACGAUUCGGGCGGGGCUAGAAUUCAAGAGGGCGUGGCUUCGUUGGCCGGUUACGCCGAAAUCUUCCAGAAUAAUGUCAUGGCGUCCGGAGUCAUACCCCAGCUGUCACUAAUCAUGGGACCGUGUGCCGGCGGGGCUGUUUACUCUCCGGCUCUCACUGACUUCACAUUCAUGGUGAAAGACACCUCGUACCUCUUCAUCACUGGACCCGAUGUUGUCAAGGCGGUCUCGAACGAAGACGUAACACAGGAAGAGCUGGGCGGAUCGAAGACACACACUGCUGUUUCCGGGUGUGCGCACGGAGCUUAUGAUAAUGAUAUAGAGGCCUUACUGAAGAUGAGAGAGCUCUUCAGUUAUCUGCCAUUGAGUAAUAGAGAACAGCCUCCAAUCAGAAGAACAGAUGACCCUUGGGAUAGAGACGCGCCCGUCCUAGACACUGUGGUGCCCUUGGAAAGCAUGACAGCCUACGACAUGAAUGACGUCAUCAAAGGGGUCGUUGACGAUGGUGAAUUUUUCGAGAUAGCCCAGAAGUACGCGAUGAACAUCAUCGUCGGAUUCGGUAGAUUGAACGGCAGAACCGUCGGUAUCGUCGCCAACCAACCGAAAGUGGCCGCCGGCUGUCUUGACAUUGACGCCUCAGUUAAGGGAGCCAGAUUUGUGAGGUUCUGUGAUGCCUUCAACAUACCCAUCAUCACCUUUGAAGACGUGCCUGGCUUCUUGCCUGGUACAGACCAGGAACACAACGGAAUCAUCAGACACGGAGCCAAACUGAUUUACGCCUAUGCCGAGGCCACGGUCCCGAAGAUAACUGUCAUCACGAGGAAAGCCUACGGCGGUGCCUACUGCGUCAUGAACUCCAAGCACAUGCGUGGCGACCUCAACUACGCCUGGCCCACAGCCGAAAUCGCCGUCCUGGGCGCCAAAGCCGCCGUUAAAAUCAUCUUCCGAGGUGAUCAGGGCUCUGCCGAACACGAGAAGGAGUACAUCGACCUGUUCGCUAAUCCGUUUCCGGCAAGCACCCGCGGCUACGUCGAUGACGUCAUCGAUCCCAGACAGACCAGGCGUAGGUUGUGCCUGGAUUUGGAGGUCUUGGCUAGCAAGAAGCAGUCAAAUCCCUGGAAGAAGCAUGGAAAUAUUCCUCUGUAAAGAGGAAGAAAAUGAUGAUGACGAUGAUGAUUGUGAUGCAAUGAUGAUGGGGUGAUGAAGAUACGACGAUGACGUCAUAGUUAUGUGAUGUCGCACGAACCAUGAUGAUGAAAUGAUAAAGAUGAAUGACGUCACAUUUUACGCACCUUCAUAUCGAUAAUACUAUUGGCUGCUGAACAACGACGAUAAUAAUGAUAGUAAAAAUAUUGACGAUGGUAUUUAAAAUGAUUAAAACUGGGUGAUGGUUAUGUUGGUGUCGGGGAUAAUGAUUAAGCGAUGAUUGUAUCAUGAGAUGGUAUCAUGAUAUUGUAUCAUGAUGGUGGCAAAAUUUUUCAAAACGGG